CCCAUUGUUGCGUCACAAAUUCCUGUGUGUGAGCAUUUCUUUAGUACUGUAACCAGCCAAUAAGCCCUAACCUGUGCCAGCGAAACAUCAUUUUCGUUUGAAAGAUCAUAAACUGUUCUGAUGAAGUCUUGAAAAAUAAAGGAUGUACUCCACUUGAGAUUUCUUGAAGAGCUUCAGAGAAUGUUUUUUUAUAAUCUGAAGUCAGAGGAUUAUCAACUUGCAAAUCAGAGAAAGAAAAUCAGAGAAAAAAAUUUCGAAAAAAAUAUCUCAUACAUGAUUUGACUGUGUCAACAUCUCAAUCAUCUGGUGUAAACUUUUCAGUGAUCUAACAGUCAUAAUGACAAAUAAUGACUUCAAGUCGCAGGAAGCAAAAUGAUCUAGUAUUUAGUUUUGAGAGGCCAGAGACACCAACUGAAAUCAGAGGCACAUUUUCACCCUCUUUACAUAUUCCAUUAUCAGCAAAUAAUUCCCUUGACAUAACUGGAGAUGAAAGGGACAGCCCUGUGCUUUCUGCUAACUCUCCCAUAACAUCACUUGUUCAAAGCAGAAACAACAACAAUACUUCAGGAGCAGAUUCUAUAAGUGGCAGCAAAGAGCAGCCACAAUUUUAUUUUUCUGAAGAUGAAGAGUUAAGUGCAGAAGAACAGCUAACUUUAGCAAAUGACAGAAUAAUAGAACUAGAAAGAAAGCUAGAACUUGUUGAGCGAGAACUAAGAUCAUCGCAAGAGAGAGUUACAAAGCUUGCUUCACAAGGAAGAAGACUCAGGCGUCUGGCACGUAGUGGUGACUUAUUUAGAAGAAAUCAACCAAACACAGAAAAUCAUUUAGAUUCUGUUGACCAAGAUGCACCAUUAGAAGAGUAUGUAGCACUGACAAUAACAGAAAUUUCAGCAAGCCACUCCUUUGAGCAGUCAAGUGAGGCACAAGGUUCUGUGGGUGUUCCUUUGUAUCUCAGGCGCUUUGAAGGUCAAACAUUUGUCUUUGGGCCAAAGGGAGUGACAAUUGGUUCUGGUAACCAUUGCGGUGUCUGGAUACCAGAAGAAGCAUCAGUUAAGGACAGUCAUGCCAUUAUCAGAUGGGAUGAGGUUUCAAAAGAAUUCUUCCUACUUAAUGGAGCAAGUAUGGAUGCGGAAAUUUGUAUAACAAGCAUUCCCAGAUUAAACGAUGAAUCAUCUAACGACAGCAGUGUAACUGGAGCUGGUACAAUUAAACUGCAGAAUCAACUCAAGUUUCGAACAGGGUUCAUUGAAUGGAAAGUUAGUCCAGUGCCUAAACGAAAGAUCAUCAUUUCUAGACUCUUUGAAGCUUUAAGGAAUUGUAAUUUUUAUGCAUUUCAAGAGCUUUGGACGUAUGCAGAAUCUUGGAAUAAUUAUGUUAGCCAAGUCAAAUCUGAAAAUUUCUCAAGAUCAUCUUUUCUUAUUGAUUGCAAUGCAGAGGAAGACUUGGAUUACAGAAUAAUUGAUGAAGAAGCAAGACGAACCCCUAAACUCUCUGAUAGUUUUACAGAAUCUGUUGAGGGUCAACAAAUUGCAAGUUACGAUAAGCCUCGAAAGUUCUGUCUCCUUCAUGUUGCUGUUGACUAUUUGUUCUUCGAGGGCGUGCGAUUUCUUCUUCAAAAUGGGGCUGAGGUAAACAAGCAGUGUGGCCAGGAAAAGUUUUCUCCGUUGCAUAUUGCUGUGAAACGGGGCAGUCUGGAAAUUACACGCCUUCUUCUGUUUCAUGGUGCAGACCUAGAGCUGACGGAUGCCCGACACCUAACAGCGCUUAUGUUGGCUGGCACGUAUCAGUUAAGGAAGUUGUUGUUAUCAUCGUUGUUACUCUGCGCUGCCGCUGAAGGAGGUGAUUUUGAAGAAGUGCAACGGAUUAUCGAGGCUGGUACAAGCCCAAAUGGCAAAGCAUUAUGUCACAAGGCACCAUUGCAUCUUGCAAGUCUUAAUGGACACGUUAAAGUUGUAGAGUACCUGCUAGAGCACGAGGCAUUUAUCAACACGACAGGUGGAAGACGCAAUCGAACAUCUUUGCACUACGCCAGCAUUGCCAACAAUGUUGACGUAGUCAAAGUUCUGCUUAGAUUUAAUGCUGACCAAGAAGUGAUUGAUUCAACUGGCUAUACGGCUUUAAAUUUGUCAUCUGGUGGCGAAGUUUGUCGUCUUUUACACCAGAACCCACUGUCGCUGUGCCUUGCAAGCCAAGCCGGAGAUAUUAACGAAGUGAGACGGAUUCUGGAUCAAAAUGCAAGUAGGAAAGGGUCGAGGAACGAGCCCUCAAGGAAUAAGAUGUACAGUGGCCACAAAGUCAGUCAGGCUAUUGCCAAUUUUGGCCGGUGCCUGGCAGUUGAUCAACGAAACGAACAAGGGCACGCACCAUUGCAUUUAGCUUCUGCUGCUGGAAAUUUAGAAUUGGUACAGCUACUUGUAUCACACGGAGCCACAAUCGAAAUCCCCGGUGGACUUGAUAAAUGGACCGCUCUGUUUUAUGCAGCUUUAGCCGGUCACGUAGACGUUGUCCGGUUUCUUCUUGCUAUCGGUGCCGAUACAACCCGAGUUGAUGCUAAAGGAUUGCGAGUUAUUGAUCACGUGGAACAAAAUAUUGAUGACUUAAAGGAAAAGCUGGAGCUGAGGAGUUUUCGUGAGAGUUCCUUUGACACAGAUGGGCUCAUGCAGCAAACCCAGUCUCUUCUAGUGCCUGCCCAACUCGUUAGGCAAAAAAGUGACUCCUCACUGGACAGUAAAGCCCAAAGAUCCUGGACCAAGAGACAGAUUGCUCGAUUAGAACAGGUGUUAAAUGUUCUGCAAUCCGGGCAGCAGAAAUUAUUGAAUGCUUUGGAGCAGCAAAACUUAACUUUGUUUAAAACGACGAUUGAAACAGAAGAUGUAAAAAUCAAUGGACCUUUAAGGAAGCAUUCUCAUACAACAGCACUGUCUUAUGCAGCCGCAAAUGGAUUGCCAGAAUUUGUUGAAGUUCUAUUACAAAAUCAUGCCGAUACUAAUAUAAGCGAUGGGUAUUGCCUCUUCCCCAUUCAUGCUGCGGCGAAGGCAGGACACGAAGAUGUGAUUGAAGUUCUUGUUAACCAUGGAGUCGAUAUCAACCUUCAGUCACGAAACUCUCGGCAGACGCCUCUGCAUGUAGCCGCUGCGCAUUCUAGGAAGGAAGUAGUAGAGCUUCUUGUUAAGAAAGGUGCUGAUCUUGAGGUCUUGGAUACAGAGCGUCAAACUGCGUAUGACUUAGCUGAAGAGCUCGAGAUAAAGUCCUUGGUUGCUUCUGGCCCCAAUUUAAUCUCUCUUGCCAUUGCAAAGGGAAAUUUUGAUGCUUUGCUGAGAAAAAUAGAAGUAAACGAAAUGACAGCAAAUACGGUGUUUACCUCAGGACUCACGGCUUUACAAGUCGCAUGUCAAUACGAGCAACUCGAAGUUGUGGACAUGUUGUUGAAAAGCAGAGCCGUUGUAAAUGAUCAGGGAACACAAAAUGGGUCAUCACCUCUGCACUUAGCAGUUCAGAGAAAUAACCUUAGCCUUGCAAAGAUGCUAGUCGAAGCUGGAGCCAAACUUAGUUCUACUAAUGCUGAUGGGAAAACCCCAUUUGAGGUUGCAACGUCGAAUUCAAUGCGAAAGGUGCUUGUAGAUUCAAGGCCAUCAACCAAGCCCAUUGAUUUAUCAUUAGCAGAAGAGCUUUCUGAGAACAGCGGGGACGAGGAGCUUGCCUCUAAGAAUCUAUGCAGAAUAUGUUUUGAUAACCCAGCAAAUACAAUUAUUUUGCCAUGUGGGCAUCAGGCGUUUUGUAAAGACUGUGCCAGUCAGUUGGAGAUUUGUGCUUUUGAUAGAAGAACUAUUUCGCAGGUCGUUCCAGUUUUUAAAGUCAAUGAAGAUUAAUUCAAUGUUAAGUAAUCUAUGAUUUUACCAUUUUGGCAGUUUUACCAUUUGCCAGCCGACAGAACUGUGUAUAUAGAUAAUAUUUAACACCAAUUUUCUAAUUAUCUUGCCUUGCAAUGCAAGUGUUUAGUUUUAUAUCGGCUUAAAAAAUGUCAUUACAAAGUUGUUGUCAAUAAAUAUGCUUAUUCUAAUGCACAUUUUAUUUUUCCACUGACCGAUUGACAGGUAUUUCAUAUUUUGUUUCUACAGAUUUUUCCCUCUUUGUUUAUUUAGAGAAGCACUUCUGCUGUCGGAAAUUUCUCAUUUGUGCGUCAUUUUUCAUCGAUAUUUACAAUUAUUUAUAUUUGAUUAUGAGCGAUAUUUUCAUAACUCGUAAUAUAUUGUGGAAUAUAUUUUUGCAAUAUUUUCUAAUUUAGCAGCAAUUCGCAAAAUUUUCAAUCAUAAUAUAUCUUGAAUGUAAUUCAUAUACGCUUGUGUAAUUCUUGUCUUCAUAGCGCUGCAUAGCCUGGUAACCAGACCGUCUAGUUAUCAGGCUAGGUGCUGCAAGAUUUGAUAAUAUUUGGUAUUCUUAUGUUU